GCGAGCGAGAGAGAGAGAGAGAGAGAGAGAGAGAGAGAGAGAGAGAGAACAGCGACAUUCUAAGGGAUAUGGCAGAGGGUUGGUCGAGGGUGAGUGGACACGAGGCGGGAGAGAGAGAGGACGUUUUCUUAGAGAUUGAGGGAGAACUCUCUUGCCAUAAGCAGAGGGAUAAUGGUUCUGAUUACCCCAGGUUGCAGACAAGGGAGGAGGACGUGUCAGAUAGUGAUGGUGGUAUGGCGAGCGGUGUUAAGACUGAAAGAGUGGGCGCCGACUUAGAGAGUGAUGCGGGGACAUCACCACAUGCAAGUUAUUUCAAGUAUCGUUCCAGUACCUAUCAUCAUGAGAAGCACAACUCUAAGGCGAAACGUGUUAAUUAUGUUGCCGAUGAAUACGAUUGGAAAGAUCUUGUACACGAUCCCCUGGUGCUCAUCUUCAGCUUUCUUGCUGCUAGGGACAGGUUUCGCGCUGGCAAAGUCUGCAAGACCUGGUAUCAAGCCUCCUGGGACCCCGUCUGCUGGAAGCAAUCCGUUAUUCCGUACGAUUGCCUAGGCUGCCGCCAUCAACAUCAACGGGAGAUAAUCAAUGUGGUGGAGAGGAUCAAUGCGCCGCUGGAUCGAAUCCGAUUAAAUCAGAUAGCUGCGAUGGAUGUCGUCACACGGGGGCGAGGUAAACCGAUUGAUCUGUCCGUGAAUUUCUGCGACAUAGCUACUCUGGAGUUCUUAGCGGAAAACUGCCCCCUUCUUGAGCGAUUGAAAGUCACAUCUCUAUGCCUGGACAGCCGGUGGAUGAAGGCCGUAGAUGCAAUUGCGACUGGGUGCCAAUCCCUUUCCCAUCUCGAAAUCUGGAUGUGGAUAUCUCCUCUACACGUGGCGGAGUUCACGGCGAAACUGGCGCCUCGUCUUCCAAAGCUGACUUCUUUGGCCCUUUCGAACACCCAAAUGACUGAUGAUUUACUGAGCGCCACUGCAGACGGCCUUCCUCAUUUGCAAGCACUGACGUUACAGCUGGAGCAGUUAAUCACGGACGCCAGCUUGGGCGUAAUUGCCAGAAAGCUGAAGCGAUUGAAAACGUUCGAUCUGAAGAUGUGCGGCUCAGUGACGACAGGGGGUGUGAAGUCUUUGCGCUCGCAAAGGCAUGAUCUGGACGUUGAAGUGUUGAUGUGCUGAUUGUUUUGAAGUGUUGAUGUGCUGAUUGUUUUGAAGUGUUGAUGUGCUGAUUGUUUUGAAGUGUUGAUGUGCUGANAGUGUUGAUGUGCUGAUUGUUUUGAAGUGUUGAUGUGCUGAUUGUUUUGAAGUGUUGAUGUGCUGAUUGUUUUGAAGUGUUGAUGUGCUGAUUGUGUAGCGAGUAAUCAAGUGUGUGUGCCGAAGUAUCGACGUCAUAGAGAAAUGCCUACUACGGUGAAUAGUAGGCAGAGAGAGGGAGAAAGAGGACAACAAACCAGGGGCUGUGAAAUGCUGUUUCAUCG